CGGUGGUGUGCGGGGUCGUCGCGUGGGGACAAGCGCUGGGAGCGUCGACGUGCCUUUUCCAGCCAACGACGACUCUGACACGAAUCGGUUACGAUCUAAGCAAAAAAAAAAACACAACGCUUGGUUUCGACGAUGCGUGAGACUGACGCGGCCGUCGUGCCACUGACUGCGGCCGAUGGGCUUGCCUCGACCGUUCCCGCGAGUUCAACAUCCAUUCCUCGCUAUGUCAAGGCACUCGCGGUCUGCGUCUGCGUUGGUGUUGGCCUCAUGUGUCUCGAUUCGAACGUGGUCUUGCAUGAGCAGAUCCUGCACCCUGUCAAGCCCAAAGACAGCAUUCAAGUCAGCGCCGCCGUUGCAGGCACGAGCUAUAUCGUUUCAGACAACUCUUCCAUCACCAGCAGCAACGCCACCACAAUUGAAUUCCCAACCACGCCAGCGCCGAUUUCAACGCUACCAACGUCGACAUCCCCGCCCUCCCCACCUCCAGUUGAAUCGACACAACCACCCGUUGAGCCUCGCCUUCGACAGUCGGCUUCCGGCGCGUCCACUCCGUUCAAGCCAAAGAACAUUCGGUUUGUCACGCUUGCUGACAACCCCCACGGCGGGAUUUGCCUGCUAGCGUCGUCGAUCUUUCAGGACGAUGCAGUUCUUGAGGUCCUCGCUUGGAACUACAGCUCGACUUUCUUUGACGGGUCGACCUGUGGCGAAGCGUGCCACGGAAACCAAGACAACAACAAUCGGUACGGCCAGCAGAAAAAGCUCCACUGGCUGGAACACUACGUCGAGAAGAACUCGGACUUGGACGACGACGACUUGGUCCUGUUCACCGACGCGUGGGACGUGAUCGUGCAAUCGAGCACCCAAAAGCUGACCGACCUCUUCCUAAAGCACACGCAAGGCGAGCGUGGGUUAAUCUUCAACGGCGAACCCACGUGCGGCGACUCGUUUAACAACGACGGCAUGUAUGGCUACAAGCUCCGCGCCAAGGCAUGGAACAUCCGGCUCGAGCCAAACCAGACGCCACGGCUCGUGGGAGGCCACUACAUGUGCAACGCGAUUGCUGCCAAGACCGCGUCGAACACGCUUGUGGCGGGGCCGAAUUGGAGCCUCGGGUCGGGUGGCAUUCUCGGCGACGUCCAAAGCCUCCGAGCCUUUCUCCGCCGCGUGACGGCGAUCCGCAUCGCUCAAGAGGAAGAAUUCCGACAGCACCAGACGUUUCUCUUUGAAGGGGACCAGAUCUUGUUUCAAAUCGCGUACUUGACGGCGCCCGAGAUCAAUGUCAAGAUCGACACCGCGGCUGAGAUCUUCUUUGUGAUUUCGUACCUCAUCGGGCCAGGUGUAACUAGCUCGACGCAAACCUGGAAUGGCGCCGUCUAACCCAGCGAUGUAGGUGACUUCAACGAAUAUGGCGGGUGUGCGUCGCAGGGGUGUUCCUCCAAGUACUUUCACGACGGCACUCCAUCUCAAUUCGCAUGGAACCUUAUCGAGCCAAUCUUCUUCCACUUUCCAGGCGACUACAAGCACCAGUUCGCGUCGUGCGCCAAUGCUGCGGCCACGUAUCGGCGGCAGCGUUCUCCUGGCAAGUACUUCUUCGACGUCGAUCGCCAACGCAAGGUUCUUGUGUCGUCGAUCUGUCCUGACUACUCGUAGAUUUCAUUGCUUUUUGACAUUCUUGUGAUUGGAGGAUAUAUUUUUUAUCAAAUUUAUUUGCGAUUUUGAAUGCUAAUCGAUUUCGGUUUGGCUGAUGUACCUCUCGGUGGUUGAAUAAUAUUUAGUUAUAGAGGCUGCUUAAUGAAUAUGAUUGGCUUAAA